CUACUGCUGCAGAGUAACGAAGAGCUGCCAUCAAACAUUACAGAAUCACGUUCACUCAUUUUAUUGUAUGUGACAUACUUUGGAGGGGUGUGUGUGUGUAUUUGCAGAUGGAGAGGGAUGAAAAGUCUUCAAAGAAGAAACAGAAACUGGACAAAGAGAGAAAACAGUCUUCUUCCUCUCAGAAGAGCCUCCACCAAUCAGAAGCCGUCGGGAACAGCGACAAGAUGAUGAUGAAGAAGAAGAGUGUGAAAAACAGCUCAGGUCUUCCUCAGGACAGAGACGGCCAGCGGAAGAAAGCAGAGACUCAUGGGAAGAAAACCGGCAAGAGCCACAAGGAGCUCCUGGAGAAACCUCCUGCGGCCAAACCACGAGCGCUGCUGCCCGAUCGCAGGAAACUCUCAGUGGAAGAUCAUUUGAAGGAAGCCAAAAAGCUGAAGCACAAAGCAGAUGCUACGCCGGAUAAGAUGGCUAAAGCGCUGUGCUAUCUGGAGGCUGCGCUGUCGUUCACGGAGAGCGCUGUGGCCAUGCAGACGGAGCCGCAGACGCCCAAAUCUGCCUACACCAUGUUCUCGGAGACGGUGGACCUGAUCAGGUUCAUUCUCAAGCUGAAGAACUACACGGAUCCGGCGGCCGCCGCUCACGAGAGGGACUUCUGCGUCCUGUGCAUGCGGUGCCAGUCUCUGCUGCAGAUGGCCAUGUUCCGCUCCAGACGAGAGCCAGCGCUCAGACACUCGCGGAUGCUCACGGAUCAUUUCAGAAGCUGCUCGUGGUCUGCGUCUCCCUCCGUGUCUAAGAGCGGCUCGCUGCUUGUUCCUCAGCCGGUCCAGCAGGUGGCGGCGGCGUACAUCAGCAUCACCACGCUCCUCCUGAGCGCUCACCACAUCUGGGAGCAGGCGGACCAGAUCGCUCUCCGAGGCAGCGGUUUGCUGCGAGAGCUGGAUUCUGCCGUCGGUCCUCUGAGUCUGAUGUCCUCCAUGAGUGCUUUAGUGCGAUACGCUCGACCCGGCCUGCACUGGAUCAGACUCGACACGCAGAAGCGGCGCUGACGCUUCCCUCGACCGCCGGAGAGCCCAGGAUGUGGCAGCCUUCAUUUAUUUGCACAAUGAUCAAAUCAAACGAUCAAUCUCUCUUUAGCGGCUAAUGAAGCGCUUCAGCCGCGGGUCAUUCUGACACGAAAACAUGAUGGUCUUCCCUCUGCACUGAACGAACCCACGUGACACUGCGUCCACCAUCAAGCCAAAGUCCAGCAGCAUCUCAUGAGUGUGUGUGUGAGUGUGUGUGUGAGUGUGAGUCUGUGUCUGUGUCUGUCUGUGUCUGUCU